GGGGGGCAAUUACAGGUCUGGCAGGAGUUUAUUACUUGGAAGAUCACAUUGGGGCUUUUAGAGGUCUGGAGAGAGGAGCUGCCCCAGGCUGGGGCAGUUGUGGGGCUCAGGGGGGUAAUUUCCCCAGGUUGGGGUACUCCCCCCUGCAAUUGCCCCAGCCUGGGCUAUGGGCUCCCCCAGCACUCGAAUUGCCCUGACCUGGGCCCUUGGGAGAUCCCAUGGGGACAGUUAGGGGGCUGGAAGGGGGGAUAUCCCAGCUUGGGGCAAUUAGGGGGGUCUCUGAUGCCUCCUGCAUGCGGGGGCAGGGUGGAGGUGCCCCCACCCCUGGGUCCCACUGUCCUCUGCCAUGCGGGGGGCAAUCCACCCCCCCCUUACUGCCCCUGGGGGGGCAAUGGAGCUGCAACGGGCACAGCAGAAGGGCUGGCGGCGAUGCAGCUGUGGCUGGGUCUGGCGCUGUGGCUGGGAGCACUGGGCCCGCUCCUGGCCCCGGGGUCGGCAGGGGCCGAGGGGCCGCGCAAGCUGCAGAUCGGGGUGAAGCGGCGGGUGGAGAACUGUGGCCUGCGCUCCCGCAAGGGCGACGUCCUCACCAUGCACUACACGGGCCGGCUGGAGGACGGGUCCGAGUUUGACAGCAGCCUGGGCCGGGCACAGCCCUUUGUCUUCUCCCUGGGCACCGGGCAGGUCAUCAAGGGCUGGGACCAGGGGCUGCUCGGGAUGUGUGAAGGUGAGAAGAGGAAGCUGGUGAUUCCCUCAGAACUGGGCUAUGGGGAUAGGGGGGCACCCCCAAAAAUUCCAGGUGGUGCAACGCUGGUGUUCGAGGUGGAGCUGCUGAAGAUUGAGCGGCGCCCGGAGCUGUAGGGGGGGGGCAGAGCUGCUGCUGAAUGCACCCCAAUAAAUGGACUGGCCAGAC